AUGAACAACGUAAUUAAAACGGGCAAAUUGCCCAAACCUUUUGUCAUUAGUAAACCUCUCACAGCCAAACCAGUGAUUCAAUCAAAAUACUCAUCACCAAAAAAAUACAAAAAUGUCUCAAACGCACAUUAUAAGAUCGUAUCUGUAGUUUCUCCUUUUAAGCCAUUGAAGAGGUUUUAAAAACUGUUUUACACAGACCUGCAUAUGAUAUACUCAAAAAAAUUCUUUUAAGCAACAUUACAGUUCAAAGACGUAUUGAUGAAAUGAGUCAUGAUGUUGAAAGUUACUUGUGUAAUUAUUUGCAAACAACAUAUUUCUCCAUACAACUUGAUGAGUCAACUUUACCUGAUAAUGAAGCACUAUUAUUAGCAUAUAUUCGUUUUGUUAUGGACCAAGAAAUCCACGAAGAACUGCUCUUCGCUAGAACUUUGACUACAGACACAAGAAGUGAAUCCAUAUUCAAUGUUUUGAAAGAUUAUUUCACGGAUAAAGCGAUUCCUUUAACAAAUAUAAUAUCCGCAGCAACAGAUGGUGCACCUGCCAUGGUUGGGCGCUAUCGUGGUUUUUUAAGUCAUUUAAAACCCGUAUACAAACAUAAAACAUAUGUACCCGAGCUGUUUGCAAUACACUGCGUCAUCAAUAGACAACAUUUAGUUGCUAAAAAUCUAAGUGCCAGAUUACAUAAAUCUCUUCAAUUAAUCAUAAACGCAGUGAACAAAAUUCGGAGUAACACAUUGAAUUCUAGAUUAUUUGCUCAGUUAUGUGAAAAAAUAAUGAACAUUUUUAUCAAUCACUGCUUCACACUGAAAUAAGGUGGCUAUCGAAAGGAUUAUCUUUGACAAGAUUUUUUUCACUUUUUGAGACUAUUUUAGAGUUUUUGGAUGAUAAAGAUCUUAUAUUAAAAGAACAUUUUAUCCAAAGAAAGCAAGACAUUGCUUAUUCAACAUAUCUAUUUGCUAAAUUGAAUGAGGUUAACUUGCAGUUACAAGGCGAUAAUCUAAAUUUAAUAAAAACAAAACCAAUCAUUGUAGCUUUUCUGGUUAGAAUUAAUUUAAUGAUGCAAAACAUUGGACGACGUGAAUUUUCUCAGUUCCCUAAAUUGUCACUUAUGAACUGUCAAGAUGAUGACAUUUCAGCUUACGUUCAACAUUUAAAUGUCCUUCACACUGACUUUAAAACCAGAUUUGAGGAUAUUUUGACAAAGACAAUACCACAAUGGAUUAUUAAUCCAUACAGUGACAUUGAAGAAUCGGAUAUCGCAUUACAAGAAGAACUGAUCGGAAUAAGUACAAACGAAGAACUUAAGGUACAAUUUAGAAAUGGGGAACAGCAAUUUUGGCUUCAUAGAGACAUACCUGUUACUUAUCCUACAUUAUGGAGUAUCGCAAGAAAGUUUUUGAUAGCUUUUCCAUCAUCAUACUGCGUGGAAAAAGGUUUCGGCACAGUUGUCAAUCUGCUUACAAAAAAAGAAAUAGAUUGGAAAUCACUGAUAGAGAAGAUUUGAGGUUAAACCUGACUAAUUUGAAGCCAAAUAUUGAAAAUUUAUUCUUAAUCAUCCUUCCCAUUUAAAGAUAUAUUUUUUUACACUAACCUUGAUUCUUUUCUUUAUUAUUAUAUUUAAUUUGCAUUUGCUAUCCUUUUAAUUUCUAAAAAAAUUAUUUGAAUAUUGUCAUUAUUAAAGAAAUAACGGUAUUAUUAAAAACAACAUGUUUUUUAUUUAAAAAAAAUGCGUUCCAUACUUAAGCCUAUUUAGGUGAACAGUUCCGUGUAAGCUAUAAAAAACACCUAAAUGAAUUUGUACAAAUUCAAUUUUAGGGGUCUACGAAAAUAGAAAAUAUUGGCACGUGGUCUACGAGGAAAAUAGUUUGGGAACCUCAGGUAUUAACAAAACUUAGGAAUGAUCAGUUUUGACAUUGCUAAGGCAUAUGAUACAGCCUGGAGGCCAAGAAUCAUUUAUAAGCUCAACAAAAUAUUAACCAAAGGAAACAUGUUAAAAUGCAUAAACAACUUCCUCUGCAACCGUAACUUUCAGGCCAAAACCUCCAACUCGCUAUCAAAUUCAUUUUUAUAGGAAUACGGUGUACCACAAGGCUCCAUCAUCUCAGUGGCGCUAUUCUUAGUUGCAAUUAACGAUAUCUCCGAAGGAGUGCAUAACCUUAACAUCCCUCUAUUAUAUGCAGAUGAUCUUACCAUAAUUUGCCGCAGUUCCAACAGCAACACUAUACAACAACUUCUGCAAGACUCAACCAACAAAUUUACAUCCUGGUCUAAAACGUCUGGCUUUCGAUUCGCGUCGAAUAAAAUAAGCCUUAUACUAAUCAGCCGAAAAAAUUAA